GGCGGCGGCCGGCGGCGGCCCAGCAGGCCCUGCAGCCCCGGGGCGGAUGGCUCGGGCCGCCGGGCUCCGCGGCGCGGCCCCGCGCGCCCUCCUGCUCCCGCUGCUGCUGCUGCUGCUCCUGCCGCUGCCGCUGCUGCUGGCCCGGGCCCCGCGGCCGCCGGACGCCCCCCGCCGCCACCCCGUGAGCAGAGGACCAGAGCCGUGGCUGGAGGCCCCUCCCGACAGCGAUGCCCCCGCCCUGGCCGCCCAGGAGGCCCUCCCGCUGGCUGGCCACCCCAGACCUCCCCGCUGCGGUGUGCCUGACCCGCCCGAUGGGCCGAGUGCCCGCAACCGACAGAAGCGGUUCGUGCUGUCAGGUGGGCGCUGGGAGAAGACGGACCUCACCUACAGGAUCCUCCGGUUCCCAUGGCAGCUGCUGCGGGAACAGGUGCGGCAGACGGUGGCGGAGGCCCUCCAGGUGUGGAGCGACGUCACGCCGCUCACCUUCACCGAGGUGCACGAGGGCCACGCCGACAUCGUGAUCGACUUCACCAGGUACUGGCAUGGGGACAACCUGCCCUUUGACGGACCUGGGGGCAUCCUGGCCCACGCCUUCUUCCCCAAGACCCACCGAGAAGGGGAUGUCCACUUCGACUACGAUGAGACCUGGACCAUCGGGGACAACCAGGGCACAGACCUCCUGCAGGUGGCGGCCCACGAGUUUGGCCACGUGCUCGGGCUGCAGCACACGACAGCUGCGAAGGCCCUGAUGUCCCCCUUCUACACCUUCCGCUACCCGCUGAGCCUCAGCCCGGACGACCGCAGGGGCAUCCAGCAGCUGUACGGCCGGCCUCGGCUAGCUCCCACGUCCAGGCCCCCGGACCUGGGCCCUGGCACCGGGGCAGACACCAACGAGAUCGCGCCGCUGCGGCCGGACGCCCCGCCAGACGCCUGCCAGGUCUCCUUUGACGCGGCCGCCACCAUCCGCGGCGAACUCUUCUUCUUCAAGGCAGGCUUUGUGUGGCGGCUGCGUGGGGGCCGGCUGCAGCCCGGCUACCCUGCGCUGGCCUCUCGCCACUGGCAGGGGCUGCCCAGCCCUGUGGACGCGGCCUUUGAGGAUGCCCAGGGCCACAUCUGGUUCUUCCAAGGAGCUCAGUACUGGGUGUACGAUGGCGAGAAGCCGGUCCUGGGUCCCGCGCCCCUCUCUGAGCUGGGCCUGCAGGGAUCCGCGAUCCACGCGGCCCUGGUGUGGGGCUCCGAGAAAAACAAGAUCUACUUCUUCCGAGGCGGGGACUACUGGCGCUUCCAGCCCAGCGCCCGCCGCGUGGACAGCCCCGUGCCGCGCCGGGCCACCGACUGGCGAGGGGUGCCCUCGGAGAUCGACGCGGCCUUCCAAGAUGCUGAAGGCUUCGCCUACUUCCUGCGUGGCCGCCUCUACUGGAAGUUUGACCCCGUGAAGGUGAAAGCCCUGGAGGGCUUCCCCCGCCUCGUGGGCCCCGACUUCUUCAGCUGUACCGAGGCUGCCAACACUCUCCGCUGAGCACCGCCUGGCUGUCCUCAGGCCCCUGACACCUCCACACUGGAGACCGUGGCCGUGGCCGUGGCCCUGGGCACCAGGCAGGGCACGGAGCCGCGUCUGCUGGGGGGGUGGGCGAGUGCUGCCACCAGGACUGCAGGGAGGGCCACGCGGGUCGUGGCCACUGCCAGCGACUGUCUGAGACUGGGCAGGGGGCUCUGGCAUGGAGGCUGAGGGUGGUCUUGGGCUGGCUCCACCCAGCCUGUGCAGGUCACAUGGAACCCAGCUGCCCAGGGUCUCCGUCCACACCCCUCAGGGUCGGGCCUCGGCAGGGCUGGGGGAGCUGGAACCAUCACCGUCCUCGCUGUGGGGUCCCACGGGGGCUGGCAUGUGGGUGUCAGGGUCCUGCGCCUCCUGCCUCCCACAGGGGUUGCUCUGGGUAGGUGCUGCCUUCCAGUUUGGUGGUUCUGGAGACUUGUUUCCCAGGAUCCAGGCCAAAAGGCCCGGUCAGCUGUUGGGGGUGCUUCCUGCCAGAGACCCUGCGCCCUGAGGGCCCCGGUAUACCUCAGUCCUAUCACGGGUCAGAUCCUCCAAAGCCAUGUAAAUGUGUACAGUGUGUAUAAAGCUGUUUUGUUUUCCUUUUCUUUUCUUUUUUACUGACUGUCAUUAAACACGGUCAUUUUCUA